CCUAUUUCGCCCUCUAACGGUCAAAAUUCCUGAUGCUUCUCUGUAUCGGGAGUAGGUUCAUUGCUACGCGGCUCUCAAAGCAUGCUCCUGCAAUCGACUUAAUCAAACGUUUCCUUCUUCUGUUGCUUUCUUUUGUCUCUGGCUUUCUCGCCUCAUUCCGCUUCAAUAGCCCAGGGCCAUUUUGGCAUCAUCAACGGCCCCAGUCCGUGUUGUCGUCCAAAUGACACCUGCGGCCCUCCUUUCUCUCCUUCGCAAUGCCGUGCGCAUUCUCUCCGUCGUCGCGGUAGCAUGCACUCUGCAUCUGUACUUCUAUCCCUUCUUCCGAGGAUGUGCUUUCCCUUUGCCGCCAACGCCAUCCAAUGCUUCCAACCUAGCUGCCGAUUCCCUCGCUUUGAACGACUCCCAACAAGAGCAUAGCUCUGGCCCGGCCGCCGCCGCCGGCCUUGCGCCGUUCCGACUGCUUGCGCUCGGCGAUCCACAGCUAGAAGGCGAUACUUCCAUUCGAAAUUACGGUCGCCCAGCUUUCUUUCAUCUCGAAUGGGCAAUUAGGCACUUGACAUUCAAAACAGAGCAGCCUUCAUUGCGCAAGCGCUUCCGCCAGGUCACUCACGAUCUUGUUGACGUUUUCUUCGACGACAUCCCCGACACGCUUGAGUCUGUUCGCAAACAUAUCGACCUCUUUGGCAAUGACUUCUACCUUGCGCAUAUUUAUCGUACGAUGAGAUGGUGGACAAAGCCAACACACGUUACAGUUCUUGGUGAUCUGCUUGGAAGCCAGUGGAUUAGAGAUCGCGAGUUUGACAGGCGCAGCAAGCGUUUUUGGAGUCGGUCAUUCAGGGGCGCCGAACGCAUCCCAGAUGAGGUCGCCCAGUAUCCUGCUGAGGACUAUAACGUGAGCGGUAUUUUGGGUACGGAGGACAGCGAGGCAGCAAUAUGGCAGCGAAGACUUAUCAAUGUUGUGGGAAACCACGAUAUAGGUUAUGCCGGGGAUAUGACACCAGAGCUUCUGGAUCGGUUCGAGCGCGCCUUUGGGAAAGCUGCUUAUGAGCUGCGCUUCGAACUACCUAUCGAGGAUCCUGUUACGAAUGCGACCAUAUUUGACCCGGAGAACAACCCGGAAUCCAACCGACUACUUCCAGAACUCCGAAUUUUGAAUAUCAACAAUAUGAAUUUAGACACACCCGCUCUUAACGAGUCGCUGCAGGAUUACACGUAUAAGUUUAUUAACGCCAUAAUAUCUACUUCUUCGGCCGUAGAAUUCAAAGGCCACUACACCAUAGUGCUCACCCAUAUCCCCCUUUAUAAGCCUGAAGGCGUGUGCGUCGACGCACCAUUCUUCGACUUCCAUGAGGGCGGUGGGGUCAAAGAACAGAAUCAGUUAUCGGCGGACGCCUCUCGAGGGUUUUUGGAAGGCAUCUAUGGAUUUAGUGGCGAUGCAAACGCACCAGCUGCCGGAACAGGAAGAAGGGGCGUUAUUCUGAACGGCCAUGACCACGAAGGUUGCGAUACUUAUCACUACAUCAACCAAUCUUUGCCAAGCGAUGAGCGCAAAUGGCAGGUCGCUCGCUGGGAUGCAGCCCGUAAGGAUGAGCUGCCUGAGAAGACAGGGCUUCCAGGAAUUCGGGAGAUUACAGUUCGAAGCAUGAUGGCUGACUUCGGUGGACACGCCGGACUCCUCAGUGUUUGGUUUGAUCAAGAUUCUUGGGAAUGGAAACACGAGUUUACUGUUUGUGCACUUGGCCGACAGUACUAUUGGUGGUUCGUUCAUAUCUUUGACAUUAUCUUGCUCCUCAUUCUGGUCGCCUAUGGCGCAUUGGAGAUAUCAAUCGUGUCAGGAUUUGACGCAGAGGCAUGGCUUCAAACCAAACUCUUUGCUUCGCCUACUCCGAAAGCAGAAAUAAAACCGGAAGUAAAGAAAGUAGAUGAGAAGACCAACGGUCAUGUAACAAAAAAGUAACGUUAUUGGGGACACGUACGUUUGGAAAGGGGACUAAUAAUGAGACCACGAACAACUAUUGUAUAAGAUAGCAAGCGAGAUAUCUAGAUUAUCGAUCACCUUGGAGCCUACUAAUAGACCACUUGUAAUCAGUU